UCUAUACCCAGUGUUCCUGGCAUUCAGAUUUGUGUUCCUCUUUCUUCCUCUGCAGUCUGUUCUCCUCUUUCUUCCUCACCCCGGCUCCCCUUGUAUCCAGAUUUGUGUUCCCUAUAGACACUCUGAACCUCAGCAGGGGGUGUGAUCUGUGUUGGGUCUCCAACACAUAGGCUGCUGCCAGAUCGCUCGCCGCUGAAAUGGCUGAAAUGGCAGCUAUACUAACCGAUACGUUUUUGGUGACGAUGUUCAGCCGUGCCAAAUCUACAUGGCUAAUUGUGAAGAAGGCCACCAGAUCCGGGCCACCGGGAGAGCAAGCGCGGCUGGAGGAGGUGUCGCUCAAUAGUUACGUGCUCCUUCAAACGUACAUUUUGAUGGGGGUGACAGGGUUAGGCUACCUGGCGCUCACAUGGUCGACGGUAGUCCUCCUGGGUGGCUUCGUCACCUCCUUGGGCAACAAGGAUUUCUGGUGCCUCACAGGCAUUAGCAUGGUACAGGCAGCCAGGAUCUUCAACGACUCAGGGGACAACCUAUUCCCUACAUUUUUAAACCUAACGGGAAAGCUUGUGAGGAAAUUUUUAACAGAUCCCAGGAAACAGUUUACACAAAAUUGGUAUGCACAAAAAGGGUAUCUACCGGAACAAGUCAUUCUGUCGGUACAAGUUGUCAUUGUCCAAAUACUAUCCUUGCCAGCCCUGGUCGUGGUUCUAAUGGCAUCGAUCGUUUAUGAACUUGGGCCUGUUGCAUGCACUGUGCUCUCACUGUGGCGCCUAUGGCAGCACGAUUAUUGCAACACCGCAUGUGAUGACAACAAAGCAAACCUGGUGCCAGCACUGAACAUAUUCUACUGUUUGGUUAUUGGCCAAGGUGUGCUCUUCUUCAUAUGGUGGCUGAUGGAUAUGUCAGUGAUGUGGGUUGUGGUUUUGUUCCGGGAAGAAUCUCAGUUACCAGAAAAGUGGGGCAGCAUAACAAUUUUAGAUUACCUAUAUGAUACCCAAGCAAAAUGCUGGCGAGACCCUACAUCCCUAGAUGGUAGGAAUUUGAUCAACUAUGCUGUUGAUUUGAUUGACUCGGAAUCGCAGAAAGACUACCUCUCAGGAGCAAGGAUUCUCGACAACUUCAUUAAGCUGGACGCAGAUGUAAGGUCCCUGCUACUCCCCUCAAGACCAAAGAUUCAGAAGCUGUUUGAUACGCUAGGAUGGAGAUGCAGCAACAGAGAGCUCAGGGAGGUCGUCGCCAGUAUCGUCGCAUACCUUGCCGGUGACAUUCAUUUGUCCCAGUUCCCAGGGGCCAUACACUGCAUAUCCUCCCUGUUUGAUACCACCCUGCCGUAUUGGAACAACCAACAAGGAACCAAUCAUGUUACUGUUAGUGAGUCAAAAAAAGAUGCUGACGGUGCUAGGGAAAGUUUUAUUUCUCUUGCCAAAGGCAUAGACGAAUAUAGACGAAGAACAGUUGCUGGUUCCCCUAAGAAAAAACCAAUUUCUGUUCUCAAAGGCACCGAGGACAACAAAGCAAAAAUUGUCAGAAAUCAAGGUGGUAACAUUCCGCAAGAUGAAGUGGAUAGCUCAACCCAUCAUGGCAAGAAAGAAGAUGGCUGGAAUGAUCUGAUUCUACAAGGCCUGACAAUUCUCGAGAGGCUUGUCUUCGAUCAACACAACUGCGACGACAUAUGCAACACCCCUGGUCUUCUACCUAAGAUCAUGGCACCACUGUACUCCGAGACACUAAUCCAAGAUAUCAAUGCAAAUCCAUGGGCCAAUGUAGUGAAUGGGUCACUCAAAGUGGUACACAGGCUCAUCCGUGCACCAGACUGGGUUGGCAAAAGUGAUCUGGUCCACAAAAUCUGUUCCAACGACCAUGCACUGAGCAACCUGGAGAGAAUUCUUUAUCAGGGGAAAAAUGAUGACACAGAACUGCAGAUGAGAGCCAUAGAAAUCCUGACAGAACUGGUCACUGAUUCGUCAGCCAACCUCAGCACCGAAACAAAAGAAAAUCUAAUCAGAAAGCAGUUGCAGAUAUUCCUUACGGAUGAUAAAGGGGACAAAGGAAGGCUUAGACUUGCUGCUGGGAAAGCACUGACAUUGCUUUCAAAGAUGGAAACUAUCUCUAAGUUCAUAAAAAAUCAACAGAACAGCAUUGCUGAUUGUCCCAAUGAAAUACUUGAUUCUAAGAAUGACAUCACGUACAGGACAGUAGCAUUGCAGAUCUUGGAGAACUUGUGCACUCACCGUGCAUUGGACAAGGAUAAUGUGAAGAAAGACUUGCUGCCAAAGGUCCUCACGGAAGUACUAGCCAGUACACGAGACCUCCCUAAAGAACAGAGAGAAGAGAGAAAAAUGUCUGCAUGGGAAAAAAUAUGUGCAAGAAGGGGAAAUGAUGAAGAAAAACAACUGACAAUAGAACGUAGCGGCCAAAUCAAGAAGUCACCUGAUAAGUCAAGUGAGGAGCUAAAAGCUGAAAUAGAAUACCGAGAAGCAUUGUUAUCACUUACUUUUGUGAUGUGUGAGUGUGACAAACUGAUCAGCGUCGAUGACUUCGAUGAUGUGGUUCGAAAGAUUUCUCUCGAGGAAGGUGCAUUUGUGGGAAAGCUCAGGGCUAUAGUAAAAGAGAACUGUGAGGACAGAGCUGAUUGUCUAAGAAUCGUGAAGCUUUGCGGCCAGAUUGCGGUAUUAAUGCUGCAGCCCGGCCAGCACACCGCUCUGCUCAAUGAAUUCCUGAAGUCGUUGGAAAAGGCUUCAAAGAUCCUGUCUAACCUUGAAAGCUGCAUGCUCUUUGCAGGGACUGAUUGCGGAGUGAAGAGGACAGCCAGGCCUCUCCUCUCCGAUCUUGUGGAAAAAGUCAGAAAUUUGGUUGGUAACGAUAAUGUAACUGUAAUUGGCUAAUUACUACCCUUGUUCUGUCCUGUGUACCAGGAACAAACAAUCAUGUAUCUGGAGCCCUGGCCUGCUUUAUUUCUCGCAUUUUCAUUAUAAAGCAACAUUGUAUUGUUGGAACAAUUGGGAGUCCAGAGCUAUUGUUUCUAUAGGCUAUAGCACUGGUCUGCUUUAUUUCUCACGUUUUCACUGUAAUGCAAUAUUUGUUGGAAAACUUGGAAUCUAGAGUUACUAUUUGUGGAGCCCUGGCCUGCUGUAUUUCGGAUGCACCAACAAAAUCAUACCAAAUUCAAUUGUAUACUUUCUAUGGCAUAUAGCUCGUAUUUGUUUAGUCAAAAUUAGACUCAAAAUUCGAGGAGGAUGAAUGGAGAACAUAUCUUUAAUGACACUAAUCCCCUACUUCCAUGUGUUACAGGAUACUAUUAUCUAUUUUAUUUUUGCUGGAAUAUAUAAGGUUCUGUUAUUGGCCACAAAUAAGAUCCGUUAUCCAACUAGUGUGUAUCAAAAGCUAGGGCAUGCACAAUAAAAUGAAGUCAGCUAAUUAGUAAUUAGUUUAUAUUUAGGCUUGCCAGUUAGAAAAGCAAGGGCAGAGCGAUGGUUGAAGUUAAAGUUAGAUUCUUCACCUGGUUAAAGUUAGAUUCUUCACCGUUCCUUCCUCCACCAUUGUCAGUAGAAACUGGAGCAAUUGACGGACACGCCUGCAGCAGGUUACCGGAGGGUGACUAGUGAUUAACGUGCCCCGUGGAGCACAGCACGGGGGGAGAUGUCUUCUACUAAACAUGCUCCUCUGUUUCUUCUAUGUCUGAAUUUUUAACUGAUAGACAGUUUUUCAGUCAGACAAGGCACGCUUCCCAAACAGAAAAAUGGUGCAAGUAGUUGCAGGUGAGGGAUAGAGCGGUUGUUGUCCAUCUAUUAAGUCAAACUCAAAGUGACCGAGCAUGCAUGUACUCACACUGAUUUCCUGAUACCGCAGAAAAUGUUAUUGGUUAAUCUGAUUUCCUGAUGUACUUCCACGGGUAACAACACGAGUCCUGCUCAACAUGACAACAGCAGCCGAUUUGCUUAAUCUGAUUUGCAUCGCCAUUAGUCUAAGGAUUGGUUUCCUCAAGCAGAGAUGAGUGGGUUUUGCAUUUCUCAGUUGAGUCGAAUGGUCUGACUGGGCAACAAAUUCUGUGUGUAUGCUUUGUAGGUGAAGCUGUCUUUUUUUUUUCGGGAUUGUAGGUGAAGCUGUCGUGGCUCCGAAUUUCUCGCCAGCUUAUAGGUGAAGCUGCCGCGUGAAUUAGGCAGGUUCGAGGAUUAACGUUAGUUUACUGCGUAUCUGUCAUGGACUUGGCUUCAGAUAAGGCAUUGUGUGUGUGUGUGUGUGUGUGUGUGUGUGUGUGUGUGUGUGUGUGUGUGUGUUAGGCUGGAUGUUGGCGUGGUGGGUUGUCAGGCUCCGUGGCGAGAGAGAUAGGCUGCUGUCUUUUGGCCAGAUUGUAACUGAAUCUCCUCUACUCUCAAUACAACCUGCUGAAUCCAAUCCGAGAGAGGAACGGAUCACGAAACGACCGACCAAGCGCGUCCGAGAGCCCAAAAUCCUCCUCCCGGUUCCCCUUUCUCUACCUCCCGUCACAUGAACACCAAUCCAAUCGGCCGCCGACCGGCAAUGCCCCCAAAUCAAAACGAGACACAGCAGGAAGGGAGGGAAAG